UUCGGAGCCCGGGACAUGUCGCGAUUGAGGAGAUACGAGGUGGCGCUGGAGGCGGAGGAGGAGAUCUACUGGGGCUGCUUCUACUUUUUUCCUUGGCUGCGAAUGUGGCGCAGGGAGCGGAGCUCGGCGCACCCCCGGGAGCAGAAGCUGGAGCCUCUGCGGGGCCUAAUGAGCUGUUUGUCGAGCGGCCUGAGGCCUGCUCCCCAGCGCUCGGGUCGUGGUCUCCUCUGUCGCACCCCCACCGCUGCUGCACAGACAGCCGGUGCAUUAAAGAUUUAAAGUCACGCCCACUGCUUUCCUGACUUUACCGCCGCAGCCGCCAUUGGUGCUGGGAAUCCCACUCCACACCUGCUGUUUCUUAACCCACAGGGCACCCUCCCUGGUAGGAAGCCCUUGAAGGUCUAGGCCUCCAUUGCUCCUAAGGGUCUGGCUUUCACUUACUAUCAGUUACUGGUUCCCUGCCACGCCCUCCCCCAAAGCACCCACACUGAGUAGGGCCACAUCUUUCUCCCACUUAUCAGUGUUCCCACAACUUCAGCUGUUAACACCUUCCUCUAGCUGUAACUUUACCAGAUGUCUGAAGAAUCUUCUUUCCCUGGGAGUGGAUUUGAAACAUUUUAGCCAAAGUUGAAGAGUCUGCUGUCUGUGAGAGGAAGGACCAGUAGUUCCUAGAAGCUAGCUCCCAGGAGAGUGACAAAGGUUGAGGGUCCAAGGUCCUUCCUAUAGUUAAAACCCCAAACUGGCUCCCCCAGUCUGAUCCCAAUUUUUUAUUUGUUUUUGUAUUUAACUUUUUUAUUAUGUGUGUGUUCGUGUGUGUGCCCAACACAAUGCAUGUGCAUGUGGAGGUCAAAGGUCAGCUUGUGAGGGUGGGUUCCCUGGGUGGAACUCAGGGUCUCAGACUUGGCACCAUGGCCAUCCUGCCAACCGCAUCACAGUUUCAAACGUCCUUGGCAUCAGCAAGAACUAGCAGUUUGCUAAGAAUCCUGCUCCCCCCAUGUUUCCCUGGUCCAUUCAAAUCACGCCGGAACCAGGUAACCCUGACAGUGGCUGAGAGUCAGACUGUCCUCUGUGCCCCCACAUAGAAACCGACUCCCACUCCAGAGCAGGCACCUGAGGAUCACGUUAUGGAGACAGCCUGGAUCCUGGCUGAGCCCAAAGCUGACUUUUAGCUUGGCACUGCCCCUGCUGUAGCACACCGUGCUGGGAAAGAACACUUGGCCUCCAGAUCUUUGGAGAAGCCAAAAUGAGAAGGGUAGAGAGCCAGGAAAAUGUUUCUGCCUUCCAAAGAUCUCUGAACUGACACAUCACAAAUGGCAAGCAACCAGCAGAGAGGGAGCGAAUAGACAGGAUGACGGAAUGGGGUGAGCAGGGCGGGCAAGGUGCAUCUUCUUAGAAUGUCUUACUUGGUAGAACACCCAAGCCCUAGGACAAAGGUGUAGACUGGGAGUAAGACAGAUGCCCUGAAGCUUCUGGUAUCAAAAAUUCAGGAUGAGUGGCCUCUGUUUUGAGGGUUACCUUCAAGUGUGCAAACUUUUAGCCAUUCCCUAACAAUGUCUGCGUCAAAGAUCCCCUUCAAAUGCUUUGAGUAGCUCUGGGUCCGAAUCUUUCCAGACUGUCAUAAGACCUCUGGAAAAUGUCCAGAAGGGGCCUGUGGGUCUUACCCUGGUCAGGAAGAAGCUAUAGGUUUUCAGUAUAGCUAUAGUUGGAGAAGCUGCUCAGAGGAAGUCCUAUCCCAAGAUCUCCGCAACACCGAGGAUGACUGCAAGGAUGACGCCGAGGAUGACGGCCCCGGAGCAGGACAUUCAGUAUCCAGAUAAGGGAUGGAUUCUUGGUGAUAUGACUCAGUUUAUAUUUUAAAUCCAGAGCAGAACUUGAGAAUUGAAAACCCCAGAUUAGGAGACUAGGCCAUUAGCCCAAUAAACAUACCCACACCCUAGGUGGUUUACAACUUUCCAGAAUUCAUUGACUCAAAAUGAGUAGGAAUUUUACAUACAGAUCCAGUUAGACCCCAAGACCUCACUGCAAUACAUUUGGAUUUCCGCCAUCAUCCCACUGAACUGUAUUAAUACACACACUCUGGUGGAGGGAAGUGGAGGACGGGGGCAGGUGUUUUGAGUUUGGGAAAAAUGGGUAUUUCUGAAUCUGGGUCGGAAGGGUAUGUUCCUUCAAGCCCAGAAUGGAAAGAAUGGAUAGAAUUUGAAUCAAAAGAGACGACCUAACUUUGUU